AAUAAUGUAGGGAGAAAUCAUAUGCUAGUCAGCUCUCAGUGGUUGAAGGGUUAAGUCAUGAUUGGGUUAAGUAUAGCAUCUGACUGGGUGAGAGAUUGAUGUGAGUUUGUUGGACCACUCAUACAGCAAAGUGAAGCGAUACCAAUGCACUGGAUACUAAGUUGAAAAUUUCCUUAUCUUGCAGGACACCUUAAGUUACAAUUCAAAAGCGUGGUCUUCCAGAUCUUCAGUUCCUCCCAAAAAUGGAGUCACAGGAUUGGAUCACUUGGAGACUGUGUUACCAACCUACUGGAGCACAUCCUUUGCAGUUCCCCUUAUUCCAGAAUCGGAUAUGGCAGAGGAGGAUCAGGAUAUGAAAAUGCAUGAGGAAAAAGAGCUUUGUAGAGGGUAGACAAUGAAGACAAAAAUAUCAAGGAAACCUUCAGUUACCUUCAGGUCUUCAGUCUCUCAAAAAUGGAGUCACCAGAUUGGAUCACUUGGAGACCCUGUUUCCAACCUACUGAAGCACUUCCUUCACCAAGAUAUGCCAUGGCAUGAAGGGUUCAAUUCACAUGUAGCAGGUAAUGGAUUCAGCAGGGUACAAAUAAGUGUCAUUGGCAAUGAACAAGAUGAUUGCAAUUCCCCAGAUUCCAGAAUCGGAUCUGGUGAAGGAGGAUCAGGAUACGAAAAUGUGUGUGGAUACAGAGCUUUGUGGAGUGCAGACAACAGAGACAAAAAUAUCAAGAAAUUUGGUUACAUCUUCAUUCAAUAAAGACACUGAACCACUCUACUCAAGGAAAAAGCUGCAUGCAACAUAAAGCAAUGAUCAUGCUUUAAUUUCAGUAUUGGAAUUUUGAAAUGUGAAUUUUGGCUUUAGCUAUUAAAAUGAAAGGAAAAUAAAAGUGUGUUA